AUGUCUGCAGAGAUUUUACUUAAUUGCGGAGCAAAUCCAAAUCUAAAAGAUGGAAAUCAAGAAACGCCUCUUCAUUUUGCUGCAAAAAGCAACAGUCUUGAUAUUGUUUCAACUUUAAUUUCUCAUGGGGCAGACAUUAAUGCUAUAAAUGUUAAUGGUUGGACUCCUUUACAUCAUGCAUAUUAUAUUAAAUCAGAUGAGAUGAUACAAAAACUCAUUGACAAUGGCGCUGAUGCAAAUAUUGCAGAUAAAAAUGGACAAAUACCAUCUGAAAUAACGCCUCCAGAAAUUGAACAUGAUGGAGAUGAAGACUUAUCAUUUUAA